UUAGACUCAGACGGUGACGAUUUGGAUGAUGAACCUGGAAGUGACGGUAAACUGAAGGAGUUAACGAAUCCAAUUGAUAAAUUGUACAACAUGCAAGCCACAUAUUUUGCUUUCACUUGA